GGCAUAUUAAACACGUGCGUGCGUGCGUGGUGGUGAGAGCUGAGGUUGGAAUCGGAAUGCGCGACGCCGAGAAACAAAUUCCGAUGAAUUCCCCAUCUCUGGCCGCCUUGAUUUCCUCCCUAAUUUCCCAAAUCCUCAUCAUAAUAUUCCUCUUCUUCCCUCCCUCAAACACCCUCUCCAUCGCCACACCCAAUCCCUCACUUCCCCACCAUCCCCUCUUUCCCUUCCUCCACCACUUCCUCGCCGCCGCCGACAUCUCCGCCGCCCUCUCACUCUCCCGUAAACGGAAGCGCCCCCUCCCCGACACAGACGACGGCGCCGCCGCCUCGCGCGUCGCCCGCAACCCCGACUCCUUCAAGCGCCUCUUCAACAUGAAAUCCGCCACUUUCGAGUGGCUCUGCGGCCUCCUCGAGCCUCUCCUCGACUGCCGCGACCCCGUCGGCUCGCCGCUCGACCUCCCCGCCGAGACCCGCCUCGGAAUCGGCCUCUUCCGCCUCGCCACCGGCGCCGAUCACCGCGAGAUCUCCGCCCGCUUCGGAGUCCCCGAGGCCGACUCCAAAUUCUGCGUCAAGCAGCUCUGCCGCGUCCUCUGCACCAACUACCGCUUCUGGGUCGGGUUUCCCGGCCCCACCGAAUUGGAAUCCGUCUCCUCUCAAUUCGAAACCCUCACCGGCCUCCCCAAUUGCUGCGGAGUCGUCAGCUGCCCUAGGUUUGAAUUCGAUAUCGAAAAGGCUAGUAGAAAUUCAAUCCCUAAUUAUCGGAAACAGAGCAUUGCCGCCCAAAUCGUCGUCGAUUCAUCAUCCAGAAUUCUAAGCAUUAUAGCCGGUUUUAGCGGCGGUAAGACUGAUUUAAACAUCCUAAAAUCGACCAAUUUCUAUAAAGACGUUGAGAAAGGGGAAAUCUUGAACUCACAGAGGGUUGUUAGAGUGAAUGAUGUGGAUGUGCCUCAAUAUCUAGUUGGAAGUGGGGAGUAUCCGCUGCUUCCGUGGCUGCUAGUACCCUUUGUCGAUCCUAAGCCGGGAUCAGUUGAGGAGAAUCUCAACAAGGCUCAUUCUUUGAUGCAGGUUUCCUCGUAUAAGGCGAUGGCGAGUUUGAGGAAUUGGGGUGUUUUGGAAAGGCCUAUCAAGGCAGAGUAUAAGGCUGCUGUGGCUUGUAUCGGUGCUUGUUCUAUACUGCAUAAUAUGUUGAUAUCAAGGGAGGAUUACUCUGCAUUUUGCCACGAAUGGGAUGAUGGCGCUUUUCUUCAUGAUCAAAAUGUGGCUAGGUCCGAGGGGAACUUGGUUGAAGAGAACGCAUUUGCUAUUCGAAAUUCAUUGGCUACAAGAGCCAGAAGCUUAGAUUGUUCGAAUUGAUUUGAGUAAGGUGGUGACGUGAAGAGCAUGGCUGACAUUUUUGGGUUAUUCUUCUGGAAGAAAUGGCAAACUAGCUGUGGAAGAAAAGCUGUUUUCUCCAAUUCUUGAUAUUGUAAAAAAACCAUAAGUUGAGCUGAAACAGUUUAUCUGUGAGAGUGAACUUGUAGUGGCAAUCUAGAGAUAUAGGAUCAAAUUUCAAUAACCAGUGUUGGAAGGCCUUCACUGAAAGCUCAUGAACACGAGAUGCUGCCUUGGGAGUUAGUGUUGCUUUUUAGCAGAUAUGAAGGAAAAGAAACAGCUGACAGCUAGAGCACAUGGAUACACGAAUGACUUCGAGUAAUAGCAGAAGAACGUGAUCUUGGCUAUUCACCUUUCUGCUAUUGAUAGUAGAGCAGGCUGUUUAGUGUCAAAGACUUUGCUUCUUGGAAUAGGUCCUGGUUUUGCUUUCCCCUGCAGAAGAUGGAUAAAGAGAAAUGGACAGGGUCCAAUCCAUAUAGCCAAAUCUUGUGCAAACUGUUGGCAUGUUGGACUGGUCAAACUUCGAUUUUGACCGACAUAUUUUGUAGUGUUUUUUUAGAUGGGUUAAACUUUACAGAAUUCGAUCAAAGUUUAUAUGUACAUAUUUGGUAGGUAUAUUUUUACAUGAUAAAACCAAACGCAUAGAUAGUCUUUGCUGUA